CAUGUUUAAGAUCUCUUCUCCCGGAAAAUUUCUCUGUAUUACUACGUAUAGAUAUAGACAGGUUUAAGAAACUACCGGAGAAAUCAGAAAUGGGGAAUUGUCUUAGACACGGAAAGGCAUCUUGGGAUGAUGACGACUGGGGGUCUUUGGCCUCAACUCACAGGCAAGAGGAUGAUGAUGGUGAGGUUAUUAACAUUACGGAGAAGGAGAGCUUGCUUGGUGCAAAGAGAGUUGCUUCGUUAUCUUCGUCAUCUCCAUCAGCCCGAGAGGUAAAGAUAACCAUUUCAAAGAAGGAGCUAGAGCAGUUGGUACGGAAAGUGGACAUGCAAGGUCUGACUCUUGAACAAGUCCUGGUUAGUAUGGUCAAGGGUGGAGAUGUGUAUGAGCUGGAGCACCAUCGGCCAUGGAAGCCGGUCCUACAAAGUAUUCCGGAGGUGAACUAAAUAAAUGAGUUGCAGAUGGUGCAAUUCUAUGGAUUUCUUCAUCCUCAGUUCUCUGGGUUUCGAUCAUCUUUUUCCAUGCCUUGAAACGUGAGAACUAGGCUUGAAAUGAUUCAUGAUUUUGUUAAGGUUAUUGUACAUAGAGAAUAGGCCGUUUUGAAAAUUUUUUUUAUGUGUAUAUGUCCUGAAUUCUGGUACAUGAACAUUUUCUGUAUUUAGUUGUCAUAGACUUAAGGGAAUACAUAAUCAAAUAAACUAAGGCUUCUAUAUCAACUUCUA